AUGUUGGAAGCACACACACUCACCCAGGCACGUGUUGGAAGCACACACACUCACCCAGGCACGUGUUGGAAGCUACGAGCAGCAGCCCUGGGGGACACACGCACUGCGCCGUGCCCGUGCUGCCGUCACACACCAGGUCGCCUGCUGGACAGGUCACUCCAAUGCAGGGGUCUGGCAGGGGCAGUGGUGAAGGGGGGGAAAGGGAGGAGAGCAACAAGACGUGAUGUGAAGGUCCAUAGCGUGGGAGUGAAGGAGCAAUGGCAGCAAGUGGGAGUGAAGGAGCAAUGGCAGCAAGUGGGAGUGAAGGAGCAAUGGCAGCAAGUGGGAGUGAAGGAGCAAUGGCAGCAAGUGGGAGUGAAGGAGCAAUGGCAGCAAGUGGGAGUGAAGGAGCAAUGGCAGCAAGUGGGAGUGAAGGAGCAAUGGCAGCAAGUGGGAGUGAAGGAGCAAUGGCAGCAAGUGGGAGUGAAGGAGCAAUGGCAGCAAGUGGGAGUGAAGGAGCAAUGGCAGCAAGUGGGAGUGAAGGAGCAAUGGCAGCAAGUGGGAGUGAAGGAGCAAUGGCAGCAAGUGGGAGUGAAGGAGCAAUGGCAGCAAGUGGGAGUGAAGGAGCAAUGGCAGCAAGUGGGAGUGAAGGAGCAAUGGCAGCAAGUGGGAGUGAAGGAGCAAUGGCAGCAAGUGGGAGUGAAGGAGCAAUGGCAGCAAGUGGGAGUGAAGGAGCAAUGGCAGCAAGUGGGAGUGAAGGAGCAAUGGCAGCAAGUGGGAGUGAAGGAGCAAUGGCAGCAAGUGGGAGUGAAGGAGCAAUGGCAGCAAGUGGGAGUGAAGGAGCAAUGGCAGCAAGUGGGAGUGAAGGAGCAAUGGCAGCAAGUGGGAGUGAAGGAGCAAUGGCAGCAAGUGGGAGUGAAGGAGCAAUGGCAGCAAGUGGGAGUGAAGGAGCAAUGGCAGCAAGUGGGAGUGAAGGAGCAAUGGCAGCAAGUGGGAGUGAAGGAGCAAUGGCAGCAAGUGGGAGUGAAGGAGCAAUGGCAGCAAGUGGGAGUGAAGGAGCAAUGGCAGCAAGUGGGAGUGAAGAAGCAAUGGCAGCAAGUGGGAGUGAAGGAGCAAUGGCAGCAAGUGGGAGUGAAGGAGCAAUGGCAGCAAGUGGGAGUGAAGGAGCAAUGGCAGCAAGUGGGAGUGAAGGAGCAAUGGCAGCAAGUGGGAGUGAAGGAGCAAUGGCAGCAAGUGGGAGUGAAGGAGCAAUUGUUGCAAAGCUAG